AUGUCGGGAGCCCGUGACUUGUCGAGGCGCCAGGACAACUUCAAGGCCAAGGGCGUCUUUAAGCAGGAUGAGCUGCGCCGACGAAGGGAGGAGGCGCAGGUCGAGAUCCGAAGGCAGAAGCGCGAGGAGUCGAUGGCCAAGAGGCGCAACCUCGUCGACAACCUCACCGACGGCGGCGACUCGGACGACGACGACGCCAGCGGCGCCGUCCUCGACGCCCAGCUCGACGAGCAGCUCCCCAUCAUGAUCGAGGGCGUCCUCAGCGACGACAUCAACACCCAGCUCGACUGCACCACCAAGUUCCGCAAGCUCCUCUCCAAGGAGAAGAACCCGCCCAUCGAAAAGGUCAUCAAGUGCGGCGUCGUCCCACGCUUUGUCGAGUUCCUGCGCAACCCGCACAGCAUGAUCCAGUUCGAGGCCGCCUGGGCGCUCACCAACAUCGCCUCGGGAACCUCGGACCAGACCCAGUUUGUCAUCAACUCGGGCGCCGUCCCCAUCUUUAUCGAGCUGCUGUCGUCGCCCGUGCUCGACGUGCGCGAGCAGGCCGUCUGGGCGCUCGGCAACAUUGCCGGCGACAGCCCCAAGUUCCGCGACUUUGUGCUCAAGGAGGGCGCGCUCCGCCCCCUGCUCGCCCUGCUCAACGAGAACCACAAGCUGAGCAUGCUGCGCAACGCCACCUGGACGCUGAGCAACUUUUGCCGCGGCAAGAACCCGCAGCCCAACUGGAAGCUGGUCUCGCCCGCGCUCACCGUCCUGACCAAGCUCAUCUACUCGCUCGACGACGAGGUGCUGAUUGACGCGUGCUGGGCCAUUUCGUACCUGUCGGAUGGCGCCAACGAAAAGAUCCAGGGCGUCAUCGAGUCGGGCGUGGUGCGCCGCCUGGUCGACCUGCUGACGCACCCGUCGACGGCCGUCCAGACGCCGGCGCUGCGCUCGGUGGGCAACAUUGUCACGGGCGACGACCUCCAGACGCAGGUCGUGAUCGCGUCGGGCGCGCUGCCGCCGCUGCUGGCGCUGCUGUCGUCGCAGCGCGAGGGCAUCCGCAAGGAGGCGUGCUGGACGAUUUCCAACAUCACGGCCGGCUCGGCCUACCAGAUCCAGGCCGUCAUCGACGCCAACAUUAUCCCGCCGCUGAUUGACAUUCUGCAGAACGGCGACUUCAAGACCAAGAAGGAGGCGUGCUGGGCCAUCAGCAACGCCACCAGCGGCGGCCUGCAGGACCCGCAGCAGAUCCGGUACCUGGUGUCGCAGGGCUGCAUCAAGCCGCUGUGCGACCUGCUGACGGGCAUGGACAACAAGAUUAUCCAGGUGGCGCUCGACGGCCUGGAAAACAUCCUCAAGGUGGGCGAGAUGGACAAGGAGGCCGCCGGCGACGGCGCCGUCAACCAGUACGCGCUCCACAUUGAGGAGUGCGGCGGCAUGGUGGCCAUCCACAACCUGCAGCACCACGAGAACCUCGACAUCUACAAAAAGUGCUUCUACAUCAUGGACAAGUACUUCCCCGACGAGGAGGAGCAGGACACGGGCCUCGGCGCGCCCCAGGUCGACGAGAGCGGCGCGUUUGCCUUCCAGUCGGACCUCAACGCCCCGCAGGGCGGCUUCAACUUUUCCGCGCCCUCGAACGGCAUGCAGCAGUAG